AUGGCUCCCUCUCCCACUGAAAAGAAGGAUGAGGCGCAACAGAUUGACAAUAUGUCCAAAGCCCAAGAUCGCAUGGCUCGGUUCAAGGCCCUUCAAGCGCGAGCAAAGACUUCGUCGGAGAAAAACCUGAAAGAGGCGACACUUGAAUCACAAAGGCUAGCCACAGAUCCCAGCCAACUUACUGCCCUACACCGGAAACAUGCGAUCGCAUCUCACAAACUACUCAAGGCAGACGUGGAGGAAGCGGGCGGGGAUUUCGAGCGAAAGCGCGCAUGGGACUGGACUGUCGAUGAGAGCGAGAAGUGGGACAAACGCCUCAAGAAGAAGACGACUCGUCGCGACAACAACGCUUUUGCCGAUCAUACACAAGAAGCGAACAAGAUAUAUAAGCGACAGCUCAAGAACAUCGAUAUGAAUAUGGAGCAAUAUGAGAAAGAUAAGAAGGCUCUCAUUGAGAAGGCAGCGGCGUCGGGCGGACUAGACAUUGUUGAGACCGAGGAUGGCGAGCUCAUUGCGGUGGAUAAGGAUGGCUCCUUCUACUCUACCGCCGACUCUACGACCUUUGCUGAAAAUAAGCCAGACAAGGCAGCAGUCGACCGCUUGGUGGCAGACCUGCAGAGAGCAGAAGAACAAAGACUGAAGAAGAGAAAGGAGAGGAUGGCACAGAAUGGGGACGAUGGCGAUGUGACAUACAUCAACGAAAAGAAUAAGCAGUUCAACCAGAAGCUCUCGCGGUUCUACAACAAGUAUACCGCAGAAAUCAGGGAUAGCUUUGAACGAGGAACAAUGAUUUGA